AACAUGCAACAUGUGCGCGUUGCUGACAACGAAUCGUGAUCCCCAGUACGUUUUUGGUCGACGUCUACAAGACGCUUAAUUACAACUUCACCCGGCGAACUCGUCGUUUCGACGUUAGCAUCACAUAAGAACGGUUAACGAUGACAACACCUACGUUAGAUGUUUCUAAGUUAGAUUUAUAUGCUAUUCUUUCUGUCGACGAAAAUGCUACAGAAAAAGAGAUUGUGAAAGCAUACAGAAAGCAAGCUUUGAAAUGGCAUCCUGACAAAAACCCAGAUAAUCCAGAAGCAGUGGAAGUGUUUCACAAAUUGUCCAAAGCAUUGGAAAUCCUCACAGAUGCUCCAGCACGGGUAGCAUAUGAUAAAAUCCAGAAAGCAAAGAAAGCCGCAGAGAAAAGACACAAAGAACUUGACAGCAAGCGCAAGAAAUUGAAAGAAGAUUUGGAAUUUAGAGAGAAUGCAGCUCAGUCACAGAAAGACUUAGACAUUUCUGUGAAGAAAAAUUUCCAAGCUGAGAUUGAAAGAUUGAGAAAGGAAGGUUCAAAGUUACUACAGAAAGAACAAGAACUUUUACAAGAGGAGCUCAGAAAAACAGCAGAAGCUAAACAGGUUGAUGAUGAAGAAGAAGUAGUCACCCCCAAACUGAAGGUCAAAUGGAAAGCAAAGAAAGGUGAUGAGAGUAAUGGAGGCUACUCUUAUACAGUUCUCCAUACUAUGUUCUCCAAGUAUGGAGAUGUCCUCAACUUGUUGGUAUCCAGUAAGAAGAAUGGCAGUGCUAUCCUCGAGUUGUCCUCCCGGUAUGCUGCAGAAACAGCCGUUCAAAAUGAAAUUGGAUUGGCAGAAAACCCUUUGACCUUGACAUGGUUGGAAGGUCAUUCUCCCCCUCUUGGAUCUGCUGCUGCAGCAGAAGUCCAGAGUCAACCAUGUAAUUCAGAAAACAGAACAGAGAAUAGAUUUGAAAUACCAGAGGAAGCCAAGGGUGACAAGGGAGAAAACUGGUUGCCUUAUCAGUCUACUGCUGAAAGGGACUAUGAAAGUUUAGUGUUAAUGAAAAUGAGACAGGCCCAGGAAAGGCAACGCCUGAUAGAGCAGAUGAAGAAAGAAGAUGAAGAUACUUGACAUACUAUUUUAUUUAAGGUCAUUGUCAACUUUGCUAACCACUGGGGCCUUGAAAGGAAUAUUUCCCAAAGCUGCUGGUAGUCCGCCAGACUUAUUGUCAGUGUAUACACAGAUAAUACAUGCUUGGCACAAAACCUAUAAACGGCUGAAAAAAUCAAACAGCAUAUUGAUUUAGCGAUCCAGAAGUGAAAUAAAGAUAGGUUAACCA